AUGGCUACCACUUAUCAAGCAUAUUUAGAUACUAUUAGAGCAACAUUGAAUAGUGCAAUGUGUGUAACUAACUUUGCAUCACAAUUAAUUGAAAGACAUAACAAACCAGAAGUUGAACUUGGUCUUUCAAAAGAAGUUAUUUUUAAACCAGUUGUUAUUGUUAGAGUACCAUCUGAGCCAAAUGCUGAAGAAAAUGGAGUUGAUAAAUGUGAAAAAGUAAUGAUUGAGGGAUCAAUUAACUCAGUAAGAAUUUCAAUUUGUGUUAAAAAAGCUGAUAAUCUUGAAGUUAUUCUUCUUAGAAGAUUUGUUUCAUUCCUUCAACAAAGAGCUGAGAAUUUUGUUAUUCUUAGAAGAAAACCAAUUAAAGGAUAUGACAUUUCAUUCUUAAUUACUAACUUCCAAACAGAAAAUCUCUUUAAACAUAAACUUAUAGAUUUCAUUAUUGAAUUUAUGCAAGAAAUCGAUAAAGAAAUUUCAGAUAUGAAGAUUUCUGUUAAUACUCGUGCUCGUAUUGCUGUUGCUGGUAUUACUGGCAUUGCACCAGCUCCUGGUUUCUUCAAGGCAUUAUUAGCUUAA